AAGUGACUCAGAGUCAGGUUUCUUCAUUUUGUGUUGAAAUAACUUCUCGUUUUCCAGUAAUAAUUGACGUCCAAAAGUUGUGAUCUGUAUUCAGGAGUGAUAACUAAUUAGUGUAGUAUCCGUAGAACGUCAAGAAACCGAUAAUGUCUGCUUUAGCGAAGCUGUUCGGGAGUAAAAAGAAGGAAGGACCCUCCACUGGGGAAGCCAUCCAAAAACUGAGAAACACUGAGGAAAUGCUCCAGAAAAAAUCUGAAUUUCUUGAAAAGAAAAUAGAUCAAGAACUGGCUGUCGCUAAAAAGAAUGGAGUAAAGAAUAAGAGAGUUGCACUAAAUGCAUUAAAGAGAAAGAAACGCUUGGAAAAACAGUUGGGACAGAUUGAUGGAACAUUAUCAACAAUAGAAUUUCAAAGAGAAGCCUUAGAAAAUGCUAACACCAAUACCGAGGUCCUGAAAAAUAUGCAAUAUGCAGCCCAUGCACUGAAAUCAGCUCAUCAACAACUGAAUGUUGAUGAUGUUCAUGACAUGAUGGACGACAUCUCAGAGCAAACUGAAGUCGCAAAUGAAAUAUCGGAUGCUAUUUCACAACCUGUGGGAUUUGCAGACCAAAUAGAUGAAGAUGACUUAAUGGCCGAGUUAGAGGAGCUUGAACAGGAAGACUUGGAUGAGGCUCUCAUCAAUAUCGCAGCGCCAUCAUUACCUGAUGUGCCGACGACGGACAUGCCCGCACCAGCCAAAGCCAAACCCAAGCCAGUAGAAGAUGAUGAUUUAGCCGAGCUCCAGGCAUGGGCAUCUUAAAUGUGUAAACAGGACACGGAGAUCAUAGUUUGCUGAACAGGCUGAAUUUCUCCUAUGCCCUGAAUAUCUGUAAUCUAUGUUCAAAUCAAUGUAGAAGGAUUAAAGGUGACUUUUAUCACAAGAUGGUCAGUAACGGAACUGUAUAAUUUAGUUGGCAUGUACAGUCCAUUGCAUGAGGUUGGAUGCUGUACUGCUACUAGAUGUAUGCAUGUACAACAGCAGUUGGAUAUUUGCUUAGAACUUAUUAUGGCCUGAGAUUCUUCGGUUGAGGUGGGGCGUGGAUCCAGUAUUUCUGUGCACUUUACUCUCAAAAUCCAGGUAAAAGAUUUUUUAAAAAUUUUCAAACUCAAAGAUUUUUCUGAAAUAAGAGGGGCACACGAAUGCUGGUGGAACAUUUCUAUUGUAGCCUUUGCGAACUUCCUCCCUCAAAAAUAAGAUUGGGCGUCUUCAGCAUGCAAAUUAGAUUUUUGAUAUCAGUCGGGCGUCGUAAAUGAAUAUUUUUGCGAUAAUGGCCACCUUUAAUUCUCAGAUGGUGUUACGUUCAUCUAUUUUAUUAAGUGUAAAUUAAAUUUUGUCAAGAUGUUGCUUUCACAGUGAUGGGUGAAGAAGUUUUCGCAAAGUUGGCAACCAAUUCGGGGGGGGGGGGGGGGGGGGGGGUGCCUAUCUGACUUAGGCAGGACAUCUAACUUUACAUUGCUCCAAAUUGUACUGAAAUAUGGAACUUUGAAUAAAAGUGUUACAACAUAAAAGGCUUACGAUUUUGCUGAUCAUUCUUGUAUGCAGGUGCUUGCCUGUGAUACUUUUUGUAAAAGUGUACAUGUACAUGUAGUUAGCCAAUAUCUACUAUGGCUGUUCAGGGUUGACUUCGCUGGGUACAGGGAUUUUGCAGAAGGCUAUCAUUUGGUUAAUUUGGCUGCAAAAAGGCAUAUUGUUGCAACUGCUUUGAAAUUGUGGAUCUGAUCACAAUAAUCUUAUGAUUUUCACCUGCCAUUUCUCACAAACCACCAGAGCCUGUCAUAUCACUAGAAUGGAGAUGUGUCUAAAGAUUUAGAUCCUUGGAAGAAUGUGCCACUUUCUUGAUCAAUGCCUCUAGUGGUGAAGCUGGCAACAAAAUAGGAUAUCACGUCAGAAUUAAGAGAGCCUGACCCCAUAAUGUGGCCAAGGGCAGCCAUUCCAGCUCCACUCAUCUGGAAAGAAGCAAAUGACAGUAGUGUACAUGUAAUCAAAAACGUUUGACUUCAAAGUAAUUCGAGUUGAAGUUCAUAUGAUGUUAUGAGCUUUUGAUCCUAGUGAUAUAGGCCUAUUUUGAUAUCUCUUAUUUCCACUUGUAAAUAAUAUAAACAUGUACAUACUUAUUUCUUUUGUAAUUACCAUUUCAUUUAGGUGUUGCAGAGGUGACCUAUAUUAAGCUUUGCAUUGAUAGGGGCCAUACAUUAAGUAAAUCAACGCACAUUUUUCCAAUUUUCAGGACCCAGCUUGCCCCUACGGAAAAAAAUGCGAAAAAUAUACAGUGUACUCUAAUGACCGCCCUUCUUGACUCCCCUCUGGUGCUUGCAUAAGAGUAUGGCCCCUAAAUGUCUAUUUAUUGACAACUUGAUGAUGAAUUGAAAUGGUAUCUGUUAAGUAGUCAGUAUAUUUUGAAUAAGUUGUCAAGAGUAUCAUUAUUUUACAAUGUUACAUAAAUUGUACCUGUCAGAAGAGGUCUCUUGAAUAAUUGAUAUGCUUGAAAACUCGUAACAAUUUCAUAAAUAUUAGCCAAAAGUAUAGUGCCUGGCUUUUAGGACUCGACUUAUACAUGUAUCAUGAUUUUUCAAAGUUGGGGGAUGCCAGCAGUUUCUCUACAUGACUGCUAACACUGCUUUAUAGAUGCGUUGGGUAGCAGCUGGUGUGAAUUUGCUGUCAAAACACAGAUCAUGUGAAUGUUGAUCGUCUAAUCUAUUUUGGUGAAUAUUCUGAUUUGAUUGGUUUCUAAUACCAGCCAUUGGGGUCAUCAGUCCCAUUAAGAAUAGUAGUUUAUAGUCUCUACUACCAGCAUUACAUUUUAGAAGUCUGGCCAUGGCAAGGGUAGUGCCACUUGAUACUUCGAACUGGGCCGUAAUGAAGAAGUGAAUAUUUAUAGUGUUGUGUGUACGCUCCUAAUUUCUAUAGAAAUGUCUCUUGAUAAGGCUUAGGAAUGAAUCUACAUGUAAAUUGCUUUGAGAGAGUACAUUUGGACAAUAUAUAAGUGCUAUGAAAUAAUUUUCAUUUCAUUUCCACGGAAUCAACUGUCCUUUUAAGGUUAAGUGUAGUAAAAGCUCCAACUAAAUUCUGAAGUGAGUGUACGUUUUUGAUAAUUUUAUUUGACGAGUUUGCAUGUAUGAGUGGGUAGUGGCACUAGGAACGAAAUUACCUCUAAUUUCUCUACUGAGAUGCUCUGCUUGUGGUUCUAUUCUUGUUGAGGGACACGUUUUAGAAAGUUGUUUUCUUUCAGACCUGGCUGUUACUUGUUGAACCACAUGUAUGUAUUGUUUCAGUUGUUGCUGAGAACAGUAAUAUAACCAAUGAUAUGUGACUCAAACACUAAAAUAAGAUGUAAGAUACUGAUA